AUGGGUGCCUCACGCGCUGACAAGGAGUUAUACUUCCAGAAGCUCAAGGAGCUCCUGAACAAAUUCCCUUCUGUCUUCUUGGUCAAUGUUGACAAUGUCGGGUCCAACCAAAUGCAUCAGAUUCGUGUUGCUCUCCGUGGCAAGGGUGUUGUCCUGAUGGGCAAGAACACCAUGGUUCGCCGCGCACUGCGAUCCAUCCUCUCCGAGUACCCCCAGUACGAGAAGCUCCUCCCCCACAUCCGUGGUAACAUCGGGUUCGUCUUCACCGCCGGUGACUUGAAGGAGAUCCGUGAGAUCAUCAUCUCCAACAAGGUCGCGGCCCCCGCUCGUGCAGGUGCCUUUGCGCCCAAGGAUGUCACCGUCCCGGCCGGCAACACCGGUAUGGAACCCGGAAAGACCUCCUUCUUCCAGGCUCUCGGUAUCCCCACCAAGAUCGCCCGUGGUACCAUUGAAAUCGUGUCCGACGUCCGUGUCGUCGUCGCUGGUACCCGUGUCGGGACUUCCGAAGCCACUCUUCUCAACAUGUUGAACAUUUCGCCGUUCACCUACGGUAUGACUGUCGUGCAGAUCUACGACCAGGGCAACGCCUUCAGCCCCGAGGUUCUCGAUAUUGACGAAGCUGAGCUUGUUGACCGCUUCUUGUCUGGUAUCAAGACGAUUGCUGCCAUUUCCUUGGCCCUUAACUACCCCACCAUCGUCUCCGUUGUCCACUCGCUCGUCAACGCGUACAAGAACCUGUUGGCCGUGUCUCUUGGCACCGAGUACACCUUCGAGGGCUCUGAGAAGAUCAAGGAAUACCUUGCUAACCCCGAGGCGUUUGCUGCUGCGGCCCCCGUCGCCACGGAGGCUGCUCCAGCUGAAGCUGCUAAGGAAGAAGAGAAGGAAGAAGAGAAGGAGGAGUCUGAUGACGAUAUGGGCUUCGGUCUCUUCGAUUAA